UGCGUGUGCGCGCGCACGCCCCACUGAAGAUGGAGGACGACGGUGUGAUGUCAGCACUUGACCGCAGCAUCACCACUUAGCUUCCAUUAGCUUCCAUUAGCUUCAUUAGCCUCCGGUGGCAGCUGCUAGCGGCUAACACAUGCUAACUGCUGCCCAAACAAGCUAAGGGCAGCUAGCACGGGCUAGCAGGAAGAAAUAGGAGCUAACAGCAGCUAGCAGAAGCUAACAGCAGCUAAAAGGUCACUGAUGCCGGUCAUGGACCUGUGAAAAAAAUGACUGGUCCAACCCAGGCCAGACAGCCAUGAACCCCCAGGAGGCAGAGCAGGGCAAGGUUCUUACGCUUGAGUCCAGUGCAGCAACUCGCCAGUACCACAACAGCAGAUCUGGCACCAACCAAGAACGAUCCAAGCGCUGUGACACAGCGACCCAAGGAGGCGCCGGCUGCAGAGCCAGUGGGUGUCAGCCCCACAGCCCCCAAGAGCACGACAUGGAGACGCAACAUGGAGCCAAGCAGCCCAUUCCCCGCCCUGCUGUGACACGUUACCGCAGACAGGGGGACAGUGAGGCCCGCAUCAGAGCCCAGCAGCAAAGGCACCGGCAGAGACAGCAGAGAGAGACGGAGAGAGCGCAGCUGCUAGCACAACAAGACACGGCCCAGGAAGACGAUGGAGACAGGGAUGAUUCAGUGUUAGCCCGCUCUGCCAGCACUGAGAGCGGCUUUCAUACCCAUACAGACCGGGCGGAGGGCGAUGAUAGCCUGGUAAUGGUGUCACUGGAGCCUGGGCUGGAGGACGACACCACUAACUAUGGACUUCAGCUACGUCCGGAAGCAGAGGGCUACACUGAGAGAGCUGAAUCCGAACAGCAAUCAAACUACCCACCUCUACCGUGCCAUCAACAGUCUAGCCCACAGAGACAGGACAAGUCCAAGGCUACGUCCACCCCAGGACACCCUAACUACAUUUGUACUCCGUCUGCCAGCAUCUCUGGAGGACAUGUGGACAUGACAGACGUGGAGCGUUUAGAUACCGAAGAGGCAGAAGAAGCAUACUCAGAACCUUACGACAUUUACUCCCUUUCUGAGCACGUGUACGAGGAAAUCUGUGACGCUACGUUGGUUUCUUCAGCAGCAGAAGGAGCUGAGGACAGAGAUUCUCUCCUGCAGAGAAGAGCUAACUUCCGUCUGUUGGACGGCCAGGCGGCAUCUGGGGACUACCAGCAGCAGCAAGAGACUGUGGGAUCCCGUCUGCGACAUUAUGACGAACGCUCAGACGGAGAGUCUGACAGUCCAGAGAAAGAGGCGGAAUUCGCCCCGUAUCCUCGUGCUGACAGCUGUGAGCAGGAGGAAGACUUUGACAGCCUUGUGGCACAGGUGAAAGACAGCCAAAGCUCGACGAGUCUUCAGUGUAUUACUGAAGACUUUGUCCAUGAAGAUGUAGAGUGUGAACUACUCCGAUCUGAUGACCAAACUGAUUCUGAUAAAAGUGUCCAAGAUGCCAAACGGAGCAAAACGCAGACUUUUAGUCCAUCAGAGGAGAUGGCUGCAGUCCGAAAUAGCCAAGAGAAGCGGGAUGCUAUAUCUCUGGCCAUCAAAGACAUCAAGGAAGCCAUAGAGGAGGUGAAGACCCGAGCAGUGAGGUCUCCUUACACUCCCGAUGAACCAAAGGAGCCUAUUUGGGUCAUGAGGCAAGACCUUAGCCCCACUGCAGAGUGUGACCUGCAAUCAUCGUUUGGGGGGGAUUCUCCUGGUUCUGGGUCUCCUUCUCCUUGCGGAGCAGAAUCAUCCAGCAGACUUCUGCUGGCCGAUGACAGCUUGGAAGCGUCUGCGUCCAAUAAAGAGUGCAGAAGAAGUCUUGCAUCGUUCCCCACGUAUGUUGAAGUGCCAGGCCCGUGUGACCCAGAAGACCUGAUCGAUGGGAUCAUCUUUGCCGCCAACUACCUGGGAUCUACUCAGCUGCUGUCAGACAAGACCCCGUCCAAGAACGUCCGCAUGAUGCAAGCCCAAGAGGCGGUCACCCGCAUCAAGACGGCUCACAAAGGAUCUCAGAACAGAAAGAAGGUCCCUGAGGAUGAAGGCCAGCCAAUGACGGAGGUUGAUCUCUUCAUCUCCACCCAGAGAAUAAAAGUACUUAAUGCUGACUCCCAGCCACAGGAGACCAUGAUGGACCAUCCUCUGCGCACCAUCUCUUACAUCGCUGACAUCGGCAACCUGGUGGUUCUGAUGGCCCGCCGGCGUUUGGUCCGCCAGGACUCUCAGGACAACAUGGAGGCCUCAGAGCCAGAAGUGGACAGCAAGCGGCAGUACAAGAUGAUCUGUCACGUCUUUGAAUCCGACGACGCCCAGCUCAUUGCUCAGUCUAUUGGGCAGGCCUUCAGUGUGGCUUACCAGGAGUUCUUGAGGGCCAACGGCAUCAACCCCGAGGACCUGAGCCAGAAGGAAUACAGCGACCUGCUCAACACGCAGGACAUGUACAACGAUGACCUCGUUCACUUCUCCAAGUCGGAAAACUGCAAAGAUGUGUUACUGGAGAAAGCGAAAGGCGAGAUAUUGGGUGUGGUCAUCGUGGAGAGCGGCUGGGGUUCCAUCCUGCCCACCGUCAUCAUCGCCAACAUGAUGCACGGCGGGCCAGCAGAGAGGUCUGGCAGACUGAACAUCGGGGAUCAGAUCAUGUCCAUUAACGGUACCAGUUUGGUGGGUCUGCCACUGUCCACCUGUCAGAGUAUCAUCAAGGGUCUUAAAAACCAGUCCCGCAUCAGGAUGAACUUGGUGAGAUGUCCUCCAGUGACCACGGUGCUCAUCAGGCGACCAGACCUCCGCUACCAGCUGGGCUUCAGUGUCCAGAACGGCAUUAUCUGCAGUCUGAUGCGUGGUGGGAUUGCUGAAAGGGGCGGAGUCAGAGUGGGUCACCGCAUCAUUGAGAUCAACAGCCAGAGUGUGGUCGCCACACCCCAUGAAAAAAUUGUCCAGGUCCUGUCCAACGCAGUGGGAGAGAUCCACAUGAAGACGAUGCCAGCAGCCAUGUAUCGCCUGCUCACGGCCCAGGAGCAGCCAGUUUACAUUUAACUGCCGCACGUUUCAAAGCUUCUAUUGUCUGGUGAUGGACCUAAGUGAGCUGGAGUCUCUCCCAGCUGAGUUGGGCUGACAGGUGAGGUCCACCUUGGUCACCAUGCCAGCCAAUCACAGAGCUCAUACGGAUAAAAAAAAAAAUCAUCACAAUUCAAUCACAAUUACUCAAUUUUAUUGAUUCUUUUUUCUCCACUCUUGUUUUAAAUAAAACUUUACUCAUAUGUUAAACGUUUUCCAAAAAAGUUAUUGAUGGCAUUAUUUUCUUUAGCCAUGUGUUGAUGAUAUAGUUAAUGAUGGCAUUAUCUUCUUUAGCCAUGUGAUGAUAUAUCAUGAUGGCAUUAUCUUCUUUAGCCAUGUGAUGAUGAUACAUAAUGAUGGCAAUAUCUUCAUUAGCCAUGUGAUGAUGAUACAUAAUGAUGGCAAUAUCUUCUUUAGCCAUGGGAUGGUGAUAUAUCAUGAUGGCAUUAGCUUCUUUAGCCAUGUUAUGAUAUAUCAUGAUGGCAUUAGCUUCUUUAGCCAUGUGAUGACAUAUCAUGAUGGCAUUAGCUUAUUUAGCCAUGUGAUGAUGAUAUAUCAUGAUGCAAUAGAUUCUUUAGCAAUGUGAUGAUGAUAUAUCAUGAUGGCAUUAGCUUAUUUAGCCAUAUGAUGAUGAUGAUGUAUCAUGAUGGCAUUAUCUUCUUUAGCCAUGUGAUGAUGAUAUAUCAUGAUGGCAUUAGCUUCUUUAGCCAUGUGAUGAUAUAUCAUGAUGGCAUUAGCUUAUUUAACCACGUGAUGACUUCAUUUCAUUUUUAUUGAUCUCCUUCAUUGAUGUGCAUCUUUGAUCGAUAGACAAUUAUUCAAUUAUACAUUUACACACCAAUGCCUGAGAAGGAGCAGGAUGAAGACAAGUCUUAUAUUUUCCUGCCCCCUUCAACAUAAUACGUAGUCUUGCUUAAUGAUAUCAUAUAAACCAACAAUUACAUCCAAAUAUAACGACAACAAACAAAAAAAUACACAAAAAACACAACAAGUGCAAAACUUCAUGAUGUACAAACCGAACAAAAAAAACAAAAUAAGUAAUAUACACCUCACGGGAUGAUACAAAACAAAUACAAAUGCAGGCAAAAAAUAAGUAAAAUAAAAAAUAAAAGCAAAAUGUAAACACUUAAGGCUGUCCAUAUGAUUUUAUUGUUCUGUCUUUAUAUUUUUUUUUUUCAAUUGGAAUAUAUUUUUACAAUCUUUUAUCUCAUUGUAAAGACAAUUCCAUAGUUGGACCCCCACCACUGAUAUGCACAUUUGUUUUAAAGUUGUCCUUGAAUACUGAUGUUGGAAAUGACCUUUUCUUCUAUGCUCUUCAUUCUCAGAAGUGAUGACAAACAUUUUUUGUCAAUUUGCUGGUAAUGUUUUACUUUUAGCCUUAAACAUGACACAUAAUAUCUGUAACUUUACUAGCUCCUGUAAUUUCAAUAAACCCGAAUUAAUGAAUAAUAUGUUGGGUUGUUCUAAGUAAUCUACUUUAUGAAUAAUCCUUAUAGCUCUUUUCUGUAGUUGAUACAACGCCUUUAUGUUACUCUUGUAUGUGUUCCCCCACACUUCCACACAGUAGCUGAUAUAUGGCAAUAUAAGUGCACAAUACAAUAUGCGCAUUGCACUAUAAUCUAACACAUAUUUACCUUAUUUAAUAUAAUACUCUUAGACAUCUUUUUCCGUACAUGUGCAAUAUGAGAUUUCCAUGCGUCAUCCAGUAUCACUCCUAAAAAUCUAAGUUCAGAAACCCUUUCAAUAUCAAUUCCAUCUAUUGACAGUUUGAUCGUUUCCUCCCUUUUCCUCUUACAAAAAAUCAUGAACUUUGUUUUUUUCUACAUUUAAUGAUAAUUUAUUGACAUCAAACCAUCUCUUAAGUUUAAUCAUUUCCUGUUCAAUAAUGUUUGAUAAUGCUUUUAAGUCAUGUCCCGAAAAAAAAAAGUUGGUGUCGUCCGCAAAUAAUACACAUUUCAAUAACUUUGAUACCUCCCAUAUAUCAUUAAUAUAUAAAAUAAACAAUUUUGGUCCCAAAACCGAACCUUGUGGAAUUCCACAUUCAAUCUUCAUUUGUUCAGAUGUAUUACCCAUAAAAUCCACAAACUCUUGUCUAUUAUCUAAAUAACUUUUUAGCCAGUCUAAAACUACUCCUCUCACACCAAAUGAAUACAACUUGGACAAUAAUAUAGAAUGAUCUAUAGUGUCAAAUGCUUUUUUAAGAUCGAUAAACACCCCUAUAUGAUGAUGUAUCAUGAUGACAUUAUCUUCUUUAGCCAUGUGAUAAUGAUAUAUCAUGAUGGCAUUAGCUUAUUUAGCCAUGUGUUGAUGAUAUAUCAUGAUGGCAUUAGCUUUUUUAGCCAUGUGAUGAUGAUAUAUCAUGAUGGCAUUGUCUUCUUUAGCCAUGUGAUGAUGAUAUAUCAUGAUGGCAUUAUCUUCUUUAGCCAUGUGAUG